AUGUCUGUAGAGAACUGUAAAUCUUCGUUAUCUAUUAUCAAAGAGUACGGUUCCAGUACGGAAGAAAGUGAUUGUGAAGAAAAUAGCAAACCAGUCCCUAAAAAAACCAAGCUUAACUUGCCAAAUUUAAGUAAUGUUCCAGUAGUAACCUCAGAACUUUAUUUGGAUGAGCCCGAAAGUCACAAUGGUAGAAUAAGAUCUUUUCCUCAUGUUAGAGGAAAUUGGGCAUCCUUUGUUUAUAUUAAAUAUCCUAAAGAAGACAUUCUCCAAAAAUUUAUUAAUAAAAUUGAGUGUACAAUAAACAGAGAUCUGAAAGAAUUUUGCCAUAGACAAGAAGAUUUUCACAUUAGUUUAUCUAAAACUGUGGUUUUGCAAUAUCAUUUAAUCAAACCAUUUAGCAAAUCACUACAGGAAGUUUUCACUGACGUUGAAGGAUUUGAGUUAGAAUUUUCCUCUGUGAAGAUUUAUUGUAACGAAAACAAAACAAGAACAUUUAUUGCUCUUGAAGUGGAUUAUUACGCGAAGAAAUCUUUAUUGCAGCUUUGCCAGAAAGUGGACCUAGUGUUAAAAGAAUUUAAGCUACCUUUGUUUUAUGAGAAUCCAUCAUUUCAUGCAAGUAUAUUGUGGUUCAUUGGAGAUAGAAAAAAUGAACUCACUAGUUACUUAGAAAAAUUUAACGUCUUAUUACGAGAGGAAGUUGUAAAUUCGUUGCAACCGGUUUUUGUAGAUACUUUGAAUUGUAAAAUUGGUAAUAAAUAUUACCAAUAUUCUUUAAAUUAG